AUGAGUGGCAGCUUUCAGAAGAAUUUACAUGAAAACUGCAUCGCACUUUUACCGUUCAAGUCCAAGCGACCAGUUUUGCCAGACAACUAUGAACAAGCACUACAACGAGCUAAAAAGUUGCGAACCAACUUGAGAAUGAACCCAGAUAAAGAAAAACAGUUCUGUGCAUUUAUGGAGAAAAUAUUUGAAAAGGGCCAUGCAGAGCCAGCUGCUCCAUUGAAAGCAUAUGAGGAACGAUGGUAUUUACCCAUAUUUGGGGUAUUUCACCCUAAGAAAUAUAAGAUUAGAGUUGUUUUUGACUCGUCAGCAAAGUUCCUUGGUGUUUCAUUGAAUGACGUAUUGAUGACUGGCCCUGACCUGACCAAUAGUCUGAUUGGUGUACUCCUGAAGUUUAGGAAGGACAGAGAAGCAAUAACAGCAGACAUCGAGCAGAUGUUUUUCAACUUCUAUGUGCAUGAAGAGGAUAGAAACUUUCUACGAUUCUUGUGGUUUAAAGACAACAACAUUGACAAUGAACUUGUUGAAUUUAGAAUGUGUGUCCAUGUGUUCGGCAAUUCGCCGUCCCCUGCAGUUGCCACCUUCAGAUUGCGGAAAUCUGCAUGUGAUCACCAAUCGCCUGAAUUCUGCAAUGAAGUGUGUGAAUUGGUAAACAAACAAUUUUACGUUGAUGACGCGCUUGUGUCCUUACCUGAUGCAAAUGAUUCUUGGAGGCCGGAUGGUUCUCAAGAAAGCCAUGAACAGGACUGGGAUGAUCCUCUCCCAGAUGACUUACAUGCUGAAUGGGAGAAAUGGAGAAGAUCCCUAUUUAGCUUGGAAUCCCUCAGAAUUCCCAGAAUGUUUGUGGACAUACAGAACGUCACCAGAAGUGAGCUACACACUUUCUGUGAUGCGUCUCAAGAUGACAUAGGAGCAGUGACAUAUGUUAAGCUGUACAAUGUACAUGGACAGUCAAACUACGGAUUCGUGAUGGGCAAGUCCAAAUUAGCUCCUCACCACAGCAGCACGAUUCCACGGUUAGAACUGUGUGCAGCAGUACUUGGAGUAGAAAUAGGAGGAUUUGUGGCAGAUCACCUUAAUAUACCUACAGAAGCAUGUUACUUUUAUACAGACAGUCGAGUAGUUUUAGGCUACAUAUACAACGAAAGUCGACGAUUUCAUGUUUAUGUGGCUAACAGAGUCGACAGAAUCAGGAGAGCUACCUUCCCAAGCCAAUGGAACUUUAUCGCUACAGAUUGCAAUCCAGCUGAUCAGUGUCAAGGUCAAGACUUCUUCAGUCUCGUCAAUCCAGAUGAGGACAAGGAACUUAAGCUAAAUGCUCUUAAAACAACUGUGUCCAAAAAGGAGGGCAUAGGUUCAGAACGCUUUACCAGAUUUUCAUCAUGGCCAAAAUUGGUGACAGCGAUAGCUAACCUCAACAAGAUGGCUAUAAAAUAUAAGAAAGAGAGUACCACAAAAAACCCUCUCACAUUUUACAAGGAAGCAGAACAAUUUAUCCUGAGAACAAUUCAACAGGAAUGUUACUACAGUGGGAUCAAUUGUCUGCGCAGUGGCAAGGCCAUACCAGGGAGCAGCCCCAUCGUAAGUCUUUCUCCAGUGCUUGAUGGUGAAGGAAUAUUGCGAGUUGGCGGACGCCUGGGACGUGCCAAUCUCCCUACAGGAGAGAAGACACCAGUGUUAGUGCCUGGAGAGCACCAUAUAGCUAAACUACUUGUCGUGUACCACCACGGAUCUAUUUAUCAACAAAGGCGACAUCUGACUGAAAGAUCCAUUCGACGUGUUAUUGGAUUACAGGCGGAGAGCGUCUCACAUCUUCCAUCCUUCACAGCUGCGUACAAUGCCAAAAAAUCCGAGGCAGGGCAGAAUACCAGAAAAUGUCAGAUCUCCCGGCAUAGCGCCUCACACCAAGCCCACCAUUUAGUUAUGUCGGAGUUGAUGUAUUCGGUCCAUGGACCAUUGUAA